AUGUCCGACCGCCAAGCUCAACGGCGUAGCCGAUCGCGAUCUCCCUCUUCCUGGCGACAGCCCCAGCAUCGCCAUCAGAAAGGACGAGAUUAUCGUGAACGACAAGAGUCGAGCCGGAAAUGGGAUAAUGGAAAUUCGCGUGGCUCGGGACCUUCUCGAGAUAUGCGCGAUCAAGUCCGUCUCAAUCAGUUGCAGGAGGAUGUACAAGCUCGAGAGUGGGUUGCACAAGAGGAUCUCUUUGUGUUGAAGCAAGCCAAGAAGAAGGCAGAGAUUCGAGUGAAGGAAGGGCGCGCAAAGCCUAUCGACUGGCUGACCGUCACAUUGCGUGUCAUCGAUCCCACGCGGGAUCCUCUUGACGAUGAGAUUGCCGAUUCGGAACUGGACGUGGUAGAUCCGGAUGGUGUCUUUGAAGGCUUGUCGCAGUCACAGUUGGGGGAUUUGGAGCACGAUAUUGAUACUUUUUUGAAAUUGGAGUCAAACCCACAAAACCGGGAUUAUUGGCAGACCAUGAAAAUCAUUUGCCGUGAUCGUCAGAAGACUUCGGCUCCCCAAGGGCGAGCGUUGAGCUCGGUGGCCGCGGAUAUCAACCGACUGUUGAGCCCCAAAUCUUACGAACAAUUGCAGACGCUUGAAGUGCAAGUCAAGAAGAAGUUGAAUUCCAAUGAACCUAUCGAUACGGACUACUGGGAGGAGCUCCUUCGCAGUUUGACGGUGUGGAAGGCUCGGGCAAGGCUGCGAAACGUUUAUCAAGACGUGAUCAACGAGCGUGUGCGUGAUCUUCGAAAGCAACAAACAGCAGAAGCCGAAGUCAUUCGCCAGAAGCUUGCUCCGUUGGCACCCACUGUGCCUGCAAAUGAUCUGUCGCAGGCGUUGACCGAUUCAGCCGAGUACAAGGACUUGGACCCGGACCCAUUACUCCACGUCCGCCAGGAAGACAAGGGAUUGGAAAUUAUGGACGAAAGCGCUUUUCUUCGUCAAGUGGUGAGUGUUGUCGCAACUUUGCCUCGUGAGUUCCACAGCGUCUCUAACUCUAUUCCCCAGGCUCAAGAGCGUCAGAAAAUCCUGCGGAUGGGAUUCGUUCCUCUGCGACACCGUGGUGCCGAAAGAGUUGCCGUUGUGACGAGCAGCGGGACGUCAACGAGUGCCGCACCAUCGGGCGCACCGGGGCGAUUCUCUGCCAUCCCUAAUGACGACUUUUCUCAGGCCACCAAAGCUCUCUACGAACGGGAAUUGGCUAAGGGUAUCAGUGAAAAUGAAGAAAUCUUCACCAGUGAAGAAGCCGUGACAACAGCGUCAAAAUCUCAGUGGGCGGACAAGUACCGACCCCGAAAGCCCCGGUACUUUAAUCGGGUUCAGAUGGGAUACGAAUGGAAUAAGUACAAUCAGACCCAUUACGACCACGAUAACCCGCCACCCAAGGUGGUCCAAGGCUACAAGUUCAACAUCUUCUAUCCGGACCUGAUUGACAAAACCAAGGCUCCAACAUACCGCAUUGAACGAGAAGCCGGUCGGAAACGCGGACAAUCUUUCGCCGAGGCUGGGGAAGAAGACACGUGCCUCAUACGGUUCACCGCGGGGGCGCCGUACGAAGACAUCGCGUUCCGCAUUGUCGACAAGGAAUGGGACUACAGUGCGAAGCGCGAGCGAGGAUUCAAGAGUACUUUCGACAAGGUGCGUCCCUCCCUCGGCUGUAGCUUAGCGGACCGACCUUCCCGCCGCUGGACGGCGAAGAGCGAAGAACACUUCCACUGA